GAUAUUUUGAGUGCGCUAUCCAUUUGGGGGUGUCAUCACAUAUCUCAAUUUGUAAAUUACCAAUUCUUCAACACUGACACUCCAAUGGCGAUACCACGAAUUAUCAUCUUCCUCUGUCUUUCCCUGGUUUCAUUCUCCGUCUCCGCAGAUGGCGGCAGCGCCGCCCACGACGAAUUGAUUAAGUACGGGUUUCCGAUCGGGCUUCUCCCGUCGAACGUGGAGAACUACACCAUAAAUCGUACAUCGGGCGUUUUCUCGAUUAUCCUUCGUGACUCUUGCCGCGUGACGCUACCUCCUGACAACUACUUGGCCACCUACUCUCGCAAAAUAAGCGGAAAGAUUGUAGAAAAUCGAAUUGCAGAACUGGAUGGGAUCAACGUCAGAGCAUUCUUCAAGUGGUGGGGUAUUACUGGAAUUAAAUCCAACGGCCAGGAUUUGGUCUUUGAAGUCGGCGUCGUUUCCGCCAAAUACCCUUCCAAGAAUUUCGACAUCUCUCCCCUCUGCGAGGGCACCCGCUCUUCUUCAUAGAGGCUGGUGUAAUGUUAUGGAGAGCUGGAUGAUCACAUUCACAUGCCUUGCCUCUUUUCAAGACAUUACUUACUCUAUGUAUUCGAUAUGGUUGUGUAUUAUUAUUAUUAUUAUCUAAUUACUUAUACGUGAUUUUAAACUAUAUAUUCUGAAUUAUUAUAAUUAAGUGUAACUCUAAUUGUUAUUCCAUAUGUAUAAAACUAGGGUAAUGUGUGAUUGUGUUCUAUUCCGCUGCAAUGCAUACUAAUAAUUAAUGUGCUUAAAUUAUUAGUUU